AUGGGUGGAUCGAAGAAGGAUAAAAAACAACAACAACAUGUCACAAUUGUGCCGGUUGAAGCGGUCAAAGGUGAGUGUUUUAGAAUUAUUUUGAAAAAUCGCCGUGGGACCAAAUCAGUGUUUUUUAAAGCAGAAAAACGUAAAAAAAUGAAUAUAAAAAUACAAAAAAUUGUAGAUUUUGCACGAAAAUUCUAGAUUUGUUAUCAUUUUAUAUUUGAACAGCGUGUUUCAUUUCUGAAUAGACAGGAUUAAAAUUUAAAGGAACAUAAUGUUUCCUAUGCAGAAAAACAAAACAUUUUUGAUCAGAGAAAACGUAAAAUUGAGAGGGUCUAGACAAGAGUCUUGUCUUUUUUUGGUCCGGUCUUGUCACAAGACCGGACCAAAAAAAAUUAAUUUAUUGUCUAAACCCUCUCAAUUUUCCAUUGUCUCUGGUCAAAAAAAAAAUUUUUUUCUGCAUAGAAAACAUUAUGUUCCUUUAAAUUGUAAUCCUGUCUAUUUUUAAAUGAAAGACACUGUUUAAAUAGAAAAUUAUAACAAAUUUUGAAUUUUCGUGCUAAAUCUAUUGUUUCUCACACAAAAUCUAAAAUUUUUGUACCUCAUGUUCCUUUAAAUUCCCCCACUGACCUUUAAAAUUAGAAUAACCAUUUCGAGAAUUUAAUUAGCGAGUAGAGAAUUAGAAAUGAGCAAAAAUAUUUUUGCCCUCAAAAUUCUCGUUUUUCUAGGCGAACACGUCGACACGGUUCCAUUUUCUUCACGUAGUCGCAUUUCUGGAGAAUCGGGAAAAUUGAUCGCCGAUGUUCAAUCACCGCACGCAAAAAAUCAUCGAAUUAUCUUUGAUCGAGAUUUGAAUGUUUUCGAGUUCAGAUUAUUGGAGUGAGUUUGCCUUUUUCUGGGGAAAUUUUCUAACAAGCUAUUUUAUUUUUCAGUGGAUCUUCGAAACAUUUGGUGAUUUAUCGUCUUGAUGAACUAUUGUCAACCACAUGUUUCCCAUUGAAAAUCAAAAAAGGAGUUCCAGUGAUUCCAACAAGUCCACAAACAUCCGAUAAAACACUGUAUUUCAAUUUUGUUUACAAAAAAGAUAAGAAGAAGUGGAGAUUGAAGCAAUUACCAGUUGUAUUCUUCACAACAACCGAAAGAGAUUAUUGGCAUAGUUUAAUUGACACAACAUUGCGACGAGUUCAAAAUAGACCAAAGAAUAUUAUUAUUUUCAUCAAUCCAUUUGGUGGAAAAGGAAAAGCUCAGAAGAUUUUCAAGGAUAAUGUUGAGGGAUUUUUCUGGUUGACACCGGGGCUUCGAUACAAAGUUGUGCUAACUGAGAGAGCAAAUCAUGCUCGUGAUUAUAUUGUUGAAAUGCCUGUUGAACAAUGGACUGCAUUAGAUGGAUUGGUUUCUGUGGGAGGUGAUGGAUUGUUCAAUGAACUUUUGUCUGGGGGACUUUUGCGAACUCAAAAUGACGCGGGAAGAAAUAUCGAUGAUCCAAACACAUCGCAUCUUGUCACACCACACAUUAGAUUCGGAAUUAUUGGAGCCGGUUCGGCUAACUCGAUUGUUUCAACAGUUCACGAAACAAAUGAUCACGCAACAUCUGCUGUUCAUAUUGCAAUCGGCUCGGAAUGCAAUGUUGAUGUCUGCACUGUUCAUCAAGAUCAAAAACUGAUUCGCAUCUCAGCCAAUGCGAUUUCCUAUGGUUGGUUAGGUGAUGUUCUUCGCGAUUCGGAAGAAUAUCGAUGUCUCGGACCGGUUCGUUAUCAAUGGAGCGCACUUCGAACAACAAUUCGACAUCCAAUUUAUCGAGGAAAAGUUCAAUUUUCUUUAUCGCAUAAAGAAACGCACAAUCCAAAUGAGCAACUUCCACCGUGUUUCAAGCCGUGUGAUAUUUGCGAGAAACCGAUGGGCAACGGACAAUAUGAUUAUCAUUGGCACGCUGAGUUCACUCAUGUCAUUUGCUGUGUUAUUCCAACUGUCACACCGUUCACACCAUAUGGUUUGGCACCAUUUACUGGAAUUGGUGACGGAACAUUGGAUUUGGCGUUAGUUCCGCGAAUUUCGAGAUGGCACAACAUGCAAUUUAUGAGAAAAGUAGCGAUGUAUGGAGGAAAAGGGUUGUAUCAAUUGGACAAUUCGUUGAAUUGUUAUCGAGUUGUAAAAUGGUCGUAUCAACCGGAUGAAGAUCAAAAAGAUCCGGGUGUUUGGAAUUUGGAUGGAGAGAUUCUUGAGCAACCCAAAAAUGAGCCUCUUCAUUUUAAGUGAGUUUUUGAAAAUCACAUUUAUCAAUAACUGGUUUUUGUAGACUGCACCCUCAACUUAUCAGCUUCUUUGGACGAGAUGCGGCUAUGGUUAAACCAUCUAAACGCAGCUUCAUCAAAAAACGCAAAUCAUCUAUCAUCUAUCAAUAA